AUGUCUCUCCCACCCAUAGCCGUGUCCGCGCCAGGCAAGGUCCUCUUCGCGGGCGGGUUCCUGGUGCUUGACCGCCAACACACCGGUCUCGUCUUUGGACUGAAUGCCCGGAUUCAUGCCAUCGCAAGGCAACGACCAAGCGCGGCCGCAACCGCACAAGUCGACAUAAUCAGCGAUGGGCACACCAGCAUCGUGGAGGUAGAGUCACCUCAGUUCAGGGAUGCGCGGUGGCUGUACAGGGUAGGGUUUCGCGACGUCUUGGCCGGGGGCAACGAUGCGGCUGUGCACGUCGAACAAGUGCGUGAUCAGGAGGACGCAGGGUUCUCCGCCAGUGGCAACAAGUUCGUGGAGACGACGUUGCGGUAUGUUUUGACUUAUGUGGCCAGAGGGUUUGUGCCUGGAGGGAAGGAGGGUAUUUUGGGGAGGGGGCCCGUGAAGGUGACGAUCCUGGCGGAUCACGAUUACUACUCUCAACCUACGAGCUCGGGUCCCGCCUCUCUCGUGCAAGGGCAGUCAUCUUCAGGAUCUGGUGAAUGGAGGGACUUCAGCGUUCGGCUCAGUGAGGCGCACAAGACGGGCUUGGGCUCUUCGGCCGCGCUGGUCACGUCGCUUGUUUCUGCGCUUCUGGCUUGGUGUCUGCAGAAGAGGGAAUUUGACGAUGAGACACCGCUGAAUCAGCGGACAAUUCACAAUCUAGCCCAGGCUGCGCACUGCGCUGCCCAGGGGAAGGUCGGGUCGGGAUUCGAUGUUGCUGCUGCAGUCUACGGAUCAUGUCUCUAUCGGCGGUUUACGCCCACGAUCCUCGAGAAUGUCGGAGAGCCGUCGAGUGCGGGUUUCGGCGAGCGGCUGCGCCUCUGCGUGGAUGACCUACAGCGUGAAUCGAAGUGGGAUGUCGAAGUUGCGAGUCAAGCGGUGCGAAUCCCGCAGAGUCUGUUGCUGGUCAUGUGUGAUGUGGACUGUGGAUCCGAGACGCCGGGGAUGGUGAAGAAGGUUCUACAGUGGCGGAAGGAGAAGACCGACGAGGCGACAUUACUGUGGAAUGCGUUGCAGCAGGGCCAGGAAGACCUGUGUCGCGAGUUGAGGCGGCUGGCAGCAGUUGAGGCCGUCGACAGUGAUUUCACAGCAUUAAAGGACAUCAUUCUCACGGUCCGCAGUCUCGUGCGCGAGAUGUCUGUAAAGUCCGGAGUGCCUAUUGAACCGCCUGUGAUCACCGAGCUGUUGGACUUUUGCUCGUCGAUACCCGGGGUGGUGGGAGGCGUUGCGCCUGGGGCGGGCGGAUAUGAUGCUGUCGCCCUGCUCCUGAAGAACGAUCCUGCUGUUCUGAAGACUUUACAAGCUAGGCUCGAGGGAUGGAAGAGUCAAGAUGAUACUGGGGCGAAGAUUGGGAAUGUCAAGUUAUUAGGCGUCAAGCAGGAGAAUGAUGGCAUAAGGAUUGAAGAGGGGGAUCGUUAUCACGGCUGGGUCAAUCCAGAUUCCUGA